AUGGGAGAAGAAGUGCGACGGCCGUCCAGUCCCCUAGGAAGACUCACCAUGUCCCUUGGCUUUCCUCCCUGGCCCAAGAUCACUCCGUCUUCAAGAACGCAGAGCGGGAUGCGUCACUAUGCACGGAGCCGCGGCAGUCAUGCCAAAAGUAGGUUUGAUCACUCUGAUGUGGUCUCUGCGGACGGGAGGGACAUCUGGAAGGCAGGGGUCUGGGGCGCUUGGGCCUCCCCGAUCACCCUGGCUGCCAGGUCACCCUUGCAGUCCAGGCGCGAGUGA